AUGGCUUCAACAACAAUCCAAACAGCGAAAGCAGUAUUGCGUAAAAAAUGCAAAAAUACAUUGUCUUUGUUGUCAGACGUCGACAAAAAUCUACAGUCGGAUAUAUUAACUAAAAAGUUGUUGAGCCUCCCAGAAUUCCAAGCCAGUAAACGCAUCUCUGUUUACUUGAGUACACCUGAAGAAGUACAAACAGACCAGAUUUUGAAGUACAUGAUGGCAAAUAAGAAGACUUGUUUUAUUCCACACUACUGUGGGCCAAGCAUGAAGAUGGUGCCAUUGCAAUCACUUGAAGAUUAUGAGAGCCUCCCACUAACCAAAUGGAAUAUUAAACAGCCAAGAGAUGAUGACAUUCGCUCAGAUGCUUUGGAAACAGGUGGACUGGACCUCAUCAUCAUGCCUGGCCUGGCCUUUUCUAUGGCCGGCGCUCGCCUUGGCCGAGGAAAAGGCUACUAUGAUGCCUACCUGAAGAGAUGUUAUGAACAUGGCUAUAAACCAGUUACAGUGUCAUUGUGUUUUCAUCAGUUAUUAUUUGACAAUAUCCCUGUCAUUCCUGGUUCUGAUAUGUUUGUUGAUAAAGUGCUUUACCCUGAUGCAGCUGAUUUGAUGGAAAAUAUUUUGAGAUGA